AUGGUAGUCCCUGGGGAAAUUGAAGUGAAUCCUGAGGAAAUUGAAGUGAAUCCGAUCCCGGUAGUUGAAGUGAAUCCUGAGGAAAUUCAAGUGGAUCCGAUCCCGGUAGAAAGCGACGCAGCGAAAGGCAAGCGAUUCGAUUCGAUGUUGUUAGGUGAUCCGGAGGAGAACGCGGCUGUUACUCCGGAGGAGAACGCGGCGUCCGGGAAGAAGAAGAAGAAGAAGCGCCGGUUUAGACCUGGAACCGUGGCUCUGAGAGAAAUUCGAAAAUUCCAGAGGAGCACCGACUUGCUAAUUGGUAAACUUCGUUUUCAGAAACUAGUACGUGAACUUGCCCAAAAGCAAAACUAUGGGAGACAGCAUCAACUCAGGUUCGAACACAGCGCCAUGUUGGCUCUUCAAGAAGCCGCAGAAUCUUUCUUGGUAGGAGUGUUUGAGGAAUGA